AUGCAUCUUGAGAAUGAUAUUCGCGUAGUUGGAUUCGCAUUUGCUCAUGUGAGCGACAAUGAAAGUUUUAUCAAGACCGAAAGCAAUGAACCUAAUAUGUUAACGCGAAGUUGGGAAAGAUUAUUUAAAACUCCAACAAUUCUCUUAUAUGAUAAUGAGUAUUCGGAUGUUGUUGAUUGGGGAUCAUUCGCCAAAAACCAAACCCAACAAGGCAAGUUAAAUAUUGUCGACCGCUUUAAACUUCAUUUGGGGAAAUUACCAGAUGAUCGUAAACCCACGUUACCAGAAAAACUUCAUAAAAAAAAAGAUCAAAGACACAAGAGAGCCAUUACUGAUUAUUUAAGAAAAAUGGGAGAGGUAAAUAUUAAAUGGGAACGUAACGAUAAUGAAUUACAGGACAAGCGAACAAUGAGAGAAUGUGCAUAUUUAGCUGGAUUAAUUGGUACACUCGAUUCUGAAACAUUGCAAUUUACAUCUGAACCUGAAGCUGCUGCUAUAUAUUGUUUCACAAAGAAAAGUUUAAGAGAAUUUUAUUCUGGAGAUAAAAAAGGUUUUAUGAUUGUCGAUUGUGGAGGUGGUACAGUAGACUUAACCACCCGAGAAUUUAUAAACGAAAACGAAUUAGAUGAAAUCACUGUAAGAUCAGGUGACUUUUGCGGAAGUUCUUUUAUUGAUCAAGAUUUCUUAAAAUAUAUGGAAGGAAUCUGGGGCAAAUCUGUCAUGAAUAACUUAGGAGAUUGUUAUAAACAACGCAUGAUUCAAAAAUUUUGUGAAGUUAUUAAAUUUCCAUUCACAGAUAAAUUUCCAGAUUCUACAUUUGAGCUAGAUCUUUCAGAAUUUAAAAAAAUUCUCUCUAAAAUUCCUGGAAUUGAUUUAAAUCCAAUAAAUGAAUCCGAAUGGUCUGUCAUUCUCGAAUACGAUACGGUAAAGAAAAUGUUUGACGAACAAGUUGAUAAAAUUAUUCAAAUGAUUCAUAAACAACUUAGGGAUUCUGGAGAGAAAUGUUCAACAAUAUUUUUAGUUGGAGGAUUUAGUGAAUCAGAAUAUUUACAAAAUAGAGUUAAAAAAGAAUUUGAAACUAUGGUCACCCAUUUUUCUAUACCUAUGGACCCAAUUGCAGCCGUGGUUCGUGGCGCAGUAAUCUACGGUCUUCGUAUGAAUUUAAUUAAAAGUUCCACGAUAGAUCCAUCCAAAAUUAAACCAAUCAUUCAAAAUCGACGUCUCAAGUAUACUUAUGGAGUGAAAACAUCUUCGUUUGUUGAAGGAAAAGAAGAUGAUGAAAAGAGUACAAUUAAAUUAACACAGAAAUUUUCAUGUAUAGGUGAUGCAAGAGUUGGUACAAGUGUAAAAGUUGAUCAAGAAUUUGAAGAAAUUUAUUCACCUUUCUUCCCAUGGCAAGACGCAAUUAAAAUUCAAAUCUAUACAACUCAAAAACUUGAUGUUAAAACUUGUGAUGAACCUGGGGUAGAAUUACUGGGUGAACUUGAAGUUGAACUUCCUGAUCUUAUUUCACCCCUUUUACUUUUAACUAAGAGACCAGUUCUUUUUUCACUUACUUUUGCAAAGGAGGAAAUUAAAGCAAAAGCAAAGAACUUAUUAGAUAGAACUUCGGGAACUUCUUAG